GUUUAGGUUUUCGCAUCUCUAUCAGAUGUUGGUCUGAAAAGUAUACUUGGUAAAUAUUAACAUCAUUCGAUUAGAUAAAUACGGCGAGACAUCAAUUCAAUUAGUGAGAAUGACUACGCUGCGACCAUUCACCUGUGACGAUCUUUUUAAAUUCAACAAUGUGAAUUUUGACCCACUUACGGAAACCUACGGACUGUCGUUCUAUACGCAGUACCUGGCGAAGUGGCCGGAGUACUUUCAGCUGGCCGAGUCCCCCAGUGGUCAAAUAAUGGGAUACAUUAUGGGAAAAGUGGAGGGACACCUAGACAACUGGCACGGACAUGUGACGGCUCUAACUGUGUCGCCCGACUACAGGAGGCUCGGUCUAGCUGCACUCCUGAUGAAUUUUUUGGAAGACAUAUCGGAAAAGAAGCGGGCGUACUUUGUUGACCUGUUUGUGCGCAAGAGCAACCAGGUGGCCAUUAAUAUGUACAAGAACCUAGGCUACAUCAUUUACCGCACCAUACUAGAAUAUUAUUCGGGCGAUCAAGACGAGGAUGCAUAUGAUAUGCGAAAGGCCUUGUCGAGGGAUGUCAACAAGAAAUCGGUGAUACCGUACACGCAGCCUGUACGAUUGGAAGAUAUUGAUAUGAAUUGAUCCUUUUAUUAGUAUUUAGAUAUAAUUCGUAAAUAAUCUAAGUUUUACUCUGCUAGUCUGGUUGUAACAAGAAAUUAUAUCCCAUUCACUGCUUGCAAACCUACAAUGAGAUCCCACAAAAACUUUUGUUUAAUACCUCUUGACUUUUCAAACAUUAAAUUGUAUUUUAAAUUAC